AUGUUUCUCGCUGCCUUAUCCUUUGCCUAUUUUGCGAAGGCCCUAUCUGGAAGCUACAUGAAAAGCACAAUAACUCAGCUGGAAAGACGAUUUGAUAUUCCCAGUUACUUAAUUGGAGUUAUUGACGGAAGCUUUGAAGUAGGUAAUUUGCUGGUGAUAGCAUUCGUGAGUUACUUUGGAGCCAAACUACACAGACCAAAGAUCAUUGCCAUUGGCUGUUUCCUAAUGUCUAUUGGGACAUUCCUAAUUGCAAUGCCACACUUCAUUAUUGGACGCUAUAAGUUCGAAACAUCAAUUAGAUCUUCAGUGAACUCAACCAAUAACCUGUCUCCAUGUCCAGCAAGCUCACCUGACCCUCUGCCUGCAGGCGACAGGAGCCCCACACUGCCCGGUACAGGGUGUGUACGGGAGUCCAGCUUCUCCAUGUGGACCUACGUUUUAUUGGGAAAUGUUUUGCGUGGAAUCGGUGAGACCCCAGUACAGCCACUGGGAAUAUCGUACAUCGACGAUUAUGCUCGUGAGGAAAACGCCGCUUUCUACAUCGGAUGCGUUCAAACUAUCUCUAUAAUUGGUCCAGUGUUUGGCUAUUUACUGGGAUCUUUGUGUGCCAAAAUAUACGUGGACAUUGGCUUUGUUGACAUGGAGACCAUCACCAUCACCCCGGGAGACGCUCGCUGGGUGGGGGCCUGGUGGCUGGGCUAUCUGAUAGCCGGGGUCAUCACCCUCUUCUCUGCCGUCCCUUUCUGGUUCCUGCCCAAAUCCCUGCCAACGUCAGCACCCCGGCUGGAUGCCAAGUGUUCCCCGGAACAGUCCUACUUCAUCAGGGACUCACCACACAGAGAGCCCAAGUACAGGCCAGAGGAACCCACCAACUUUAUGGAAAUGGCAAAAGAAUUUCUACCCUCAUUGAAAAACCUGUUUGGAAACCCUGUGUACUUCAUAUAUCUGUGUGUGACUAUCAUCCAAUUCAACUCCUUGAUUGGCAUGGUCACCUACAAGCCCAAAUACAUAGAGCAACAUUAUGGACAGUCGGCAUCAAAAGCAAACUUCCUGAUGGGUGUCAUCAAUAUCCCGGCCGUGGCCCUGGGGAUAUUCUCAGGGGGCGUGGUCAUGAAGAAGUUUAAGCUGAGCAUCAUGGGAGCGGCCAAGUUUGCGUUCGGAACCUCCCUCCUGGGCUACUUCCUGUCCGUCUUCUUCUUCGCCCUGGGCUGUGAGAACUCCAAGGUUGCAGGGAUAACGACGUCUUACAAGGGAGUGGAUGGAAUAUCUUACCAUGAGAGGGCGCUGUUUGCAGACUGCAACUCCGGCUGCUUGUGCUCCGGGAGGGACUGGGACCCUGUGUGCGGGGAGAACGGGGUGACCUACAUCUCCCCGUGUCUGGCCGGCUGCCAGUCGUCCAGCGGCUCUGGGAAGAACACGGUGUUUGAGCGCUGCAGGUGCGUGGCGGUGUCGGUGACUGGCUCGGCCCCCGGGAACCUCACGGCUGCGGUGGGGCACUGCCGGGAGAGGGAGGGGUGCGAACGCAUCUUCCCCUACUUCCUGGCCCUGUCCGUCAUCAGCUCCUUCAUCAUCUCGCUGGGCGGGACGCCAGGCUACGUGCUGCUGAUCAGGUGCAUCAAGCCUGAACUUAAAUCCUUAGCACUGGGAUUACACACGUUGGCUACUCGAACCCUAGCAGGGAUCCCAGCUCCUAUAUAUUUUGGGGCGAUCAUCGACACCACGUGCCUGAAGUGGGGGUUUAAGAGGUGUGGCGGCAGAGGGGCCUGCAGGAUUUAUAACACCACAGCCUACAGGCUAGUGUACCUGGGUCUUACGUUGGGCUUGCGAACCGUCUCCUUCCUCCUCUGCGUGCCGGGGUUCCUGUCGCUCCAGAAACACAUUAAGAAGGAGGAGAAGUCCGCUCUGGCCAAUGGGGGGUCAGAGGUGGAGUCUUUGAGAAAGGGGGAGGCCGGCUCCCUCUCCCAUGACCAAUUCAUCCAGACCUCGGGCUGCAACCCAGACAGGGAGACGCGCUUGUGAUUCACGCCACGUUCCCCCGACAGUCCCCGAAGCAUGCGAGACAUGCGGAAGAACUCCUGGUCGCAUCGGACCAUUUCAAAGGACAUAAAUUAUAUAUUUGUACCGGACCUGUGUAGAUUAUGUGAAAUAAAAGAAAGCUGUAUUUAA